AUGUCAUAAAGUGAUGAGAAUGAUUAAUUCCAACAAAUAUUAAAUUCACUUGAGAUCAGCAAACGAAAGAUGAGUAUUUCUGUUCAUCAGUCCAAACUAUUGGAAGAAUCAAAAAGUUUCCUAUUCACUUUAUAAUUUCUUAGAAUAAUAGAGUAAACAAUUUACUAUGGAGCUCCCAAAAAAUAUAGAGGCCUCUCAAUCUCAGAAAGAAAGAAUCAUUACCAAUCAUCUUUUAAAAGAUUUAGCCCCUUUAGAUAAAUAGAAUGAGGAAAAUCUUAAAACUCCCAAAGUACCACCAACAAAUAAAAUAAAAACCAUUAAAAAAGGAAUUUUAUUAUUAGGUUAAAAAUUUCAUAAAGAUUUGGGUUUCUAUUUAAAAACUAUGGAACCUUUAGAUUUUUAAGAAUUAUAGUAAUCAAAUGAGUUGUUAAUAUAAAAUGCAUUAUGUGCUGGCAAAUAUGUAAAUGAUUUUGGAUUAUUUUGUGUUUUAAAAGAAGCAUUGAAUAAAAAAAAUAUCAAAACAAUCAUUUAAUAAGAUUGUAUUCUGGAUGAAGAUGGCAAUUUUGCAGGAAUCCCAUAAAAUACUAAAAAUCUAAGGAAGACAUUAGGUUUACAGGAACUGCAUUAUUGUAGUGGAAAAAUUUCAUUAUUAAAAUUUCAUAUUAAUAGUAGAUUUAAUUUAUCUAAUUAUCUAUUUUGGUCAAAAGAACUUGAGAGAUUGGAAAUUAUAAUAAAAGAUAAUCUUAUAAAUUAAGAUUAAUAAAUAUUAAUGAUGAAAAUAGAAGAAACAUAUUUAGAAUUUACUAUUCCAGAAUUUGAUGAUAAUUAAUCUCCAUAAUUUAUGUCAAAAUUAAGAUAACAAAAUUUAGAUGUAUAAGUAUUACCUUUAAUUACACAUUUCACAUUUAGAUUGUCUGAUUUAAAUCCAUGGAUGAAUAAAGAAAUAAACAAAGAAUGGAAAUUGUUUUCUGUUCAAUGUGAUUAAUAAAAAUGUAUUGGAUAUAUUGAUAUGAAUUAACCUACUAUUUUUAAUGAAAUUCCUCGUCCAAAAACAUUGGCUAUCAAAUUAUAUGGCGAAAUACAUUAAUAUUAAUUAGUUUUAUAGAUGAGUGAAAAAUAAGUAAUGGGAAUUUUACUAAAAGAUAAAGCUUGA